GAGAGAGAGAGAGAGAGAGAGAGAGAGAGACUUCUCUCGCUUCUUCUCUCUUCAAAGAUCCCCCAUACAAGCAAACCAAAAGUUCGUCUCCCUCCCUCAGAUCUUCUCUUCACAGAGCUCUAGAGAGAGAGAGAGAGAGAGAGAGAGAGAGAGAGAUGUCAACUACUGCAACGUCCACGCAGGCCAUGCUCAACCAGGCAGCAGCAACCAUGUUGGAAGACCAGAGCUUGCCCUCCCAACUGGGUUUCUACUCCAUCUUCCCUUCAAGCAUGAGCUCUCUCGCUUCCUGCUCAUCAUCAUCAUCAUCACCGUCAUCGCUUUGUUUUAACCAGACCCUCAAGUCCCUCCUCGCUCUUCCAUCUGCCCUCGUUUCCCCGGAUCCUCCCUCUAACUGUAGUAAUAACAACCACCUCACCCUCAUCACUGAAACCCUACUUUCACAAACCGCUCCUCACAAGCAAAGAGAGAAUCUCCCAAACCCUUCUGAACUUCUGUCGUUGCAGAGAUCAACCCCACAUCUCUGGGCAUGGGGUGAGCUGAGUGAUCAGAGCAGCUUGGUGAUGAGACCGUCGUCCAGCGGCGGAGACCAUGGCAAUCAUUAUCACCACCUCCACCACCACAACCACCACCAGCACCAUCAAAGCUUGGGGGCUUCAGCUUUGAAGAUGAAGAGGAUAAAGGGUAGGAGGAAGGUGAGGGAGCCGAGGUUCUGCUUCAAGACCCUGAGCGAUGUGGAUGUGUUGGAUGAUGGGUACAAAUGGAGGAAGUACGGCCAGAAGGUGGUUAAGAACACCCAACAUCCCAGGAGCUACUACCGCUGCACGCAGGACAAUUGCCGGGUGAAGAAGCGGGUGGAGCGGCUGGCCGAGGAUCCGAGGAUGGUGAUAACGACGUACGAAGGCAGGCACGUGCACUCGCCGUCGCAGGACGCCGAGGACUCGCAGGCGUCCUCGCAGCUGAACGACUUCUUCUGGUAGUAACUAAUCAAAUACAUGUAUACAUAUGAUCAUCAUCACUAAUAAGCAUAUAGAUCCAGGGCUCUGUGGCCUGCUUAACUGCUUCUUUCUUUCUUUCUUGUUCAUUUGGGUUUUUUUUUUUUUUUUUUGGGGGAUGAACUCCAAGUCAACUAGUGGUCAAAGAUCACUCCGGUGACUUUCCUUUGAUUCCGAGGUUGAGCGAUUGCUUGGAAUUAUUACCGAUGUCGGUUGGAGAAAACUUCUUGUUGCCCGCAUUCAUUUGGGCCUUCAGUAUAUGGUGAUGAUAAUAUUUGAGUCUAAAUACAAGUUUUCUUGUGCUUAUCCUGAA